UCCCAACCCCCCCUCCACACCCUCCUCUCAACCCACGACUUCCUCUCCGCCGCCGCUUCAUCCUUUCCCCCCAAAACCCACGCCUUCGUCACCUCGGCCGCCACCGACUGCCACACCCACCGCUCCAACUCGCACACUUACUCCCUCAUCACCCUGCGGCCCCGCAUCCUCCGCGACGUUUCUCGCGUCUCCAUUUCCACUCGCAUCCUCGGCCACCCUGUCUCCUCUCCCAUCUUUGCGGCCGCCACCUCCUUGGGAACCACCGUUCACCCAGAGGGCGAAAAGGCGAUCGGAAGGGCUUGUGAAAAGCUGGGGGUGGGCAUGACGAUUAGUACCAGCGCUAGUUUUUCCGUGGGUGAAAUUGCGAGGGUUGUCAAGGACUGCGAGACUGUCACUGAGAGAAAAGAAGAAGAAGAAGAAGAAGAAGAAGAAAAAGCAAUUCCACCAUUGUGGUUCCAGCUUUAUGUGGACAAAGACCGGAGCAAAUCCGAAAAGUUGCUAAAGCAGGCGGUGGAGGCGGGGGUGAAAGCCGUGUUCUUGACUGUUGACGCGCCAGUGCCGGGGAAGAGGGAGGCGGAUGAGAGGAUUUCGGCGGAGGAGGCGGUUGGGCUGUCUUCGGGGGUACCGAUGACGGGAGAGAAGGCGGAGAAUGACAAGUCCGGAGGCGGGCUGGGGAGGAUCACGGGAAAGUUUCUGGAUGCUAGUGUCUCAUGGGGAGAUAUUGCUUGGUUGAGGAGCUGUUUACCAGAGGAGGCGAAGAUUGUGUUGAAGGGGGUGCAAACGGCUACGGAUGCGGUCAGGGCGAUGGAGGCGGGCGUAGAGGGAAUCGUGGUGUCGAAUCAUGGGGGGAGGAGCUUGGAUACGGCGCCAGCGACGAUUUUGGUAUUGCUGGAGUUGCAGAGGUGUUGUCCGCAGGUUUUUGACAAGAUGGAGGUGUUGGUUGAUGGAGGGGUGACGCGCGGUACGGAUGUGUUUAAGGCCUUGUGUUUGGGCGCCAGUGGGGUGGGGAUUGGGAGGGGGAUCUUGUAUGGACUUGGAUAUGGGGAGGAAGGGGUGAGGAGAUAUGUGCAGAUAUUAAAUGAUGAGUUGGAGACGACGAUGAAGAUGUGUGGGGUUACGAGUCUGGAUCAGGUGCAUCCGGGGUUGCUUAACACGAGGGCGGUUGAUCACCUUGUGCCGGAGACGGUUGAGGAGGAACAUCCAUAUGCCAAAUGGAGGCCGUCGAUGAGG